AUGCUGCAGACCUUGUGGUGGCUGUUGACCAUGCUGGUGGUCUUGCACUUCUUGCACCUGUUGGCCAGGCUGGCCUUGUGGUUGCCCUUGCUGUUGCCCAAAACUGAUACCUUGUUGUGGGUGCUAGUCUGGUUGCUGCCCUAUGUUCUGCCCAGGCUGACUUUGCUGUUGCUGUUGCCAAGCCUCUUGGCCUGGCUGUUGCCCAACAACCUGCCCAGGCAUGCAGGCCUUGUGGUCCUUGUUGGCCAUGCUGGGGUCCUUGCACUUGCUGCACCUGUAGGCCAAGCUGGCCUUGUGGUGUUUGUUGGUCUGGCUGCAGACCUUGUGGUCCCUGUUGGCCAUGCUGGGGUUCUUGCACUUGCUGCACCUGUAGGCCAAGCUGGCCUUGUGGUGUUUGUUGGUCUGGUUGCUGCACCAUGUCCUGCAUACGCUGACUUUGCUGUUGCUGUUGCCAUGGCUGUUGCCCAACAACCUGCCCAGACAGCGGACCUUGUGGUCCCUGUUGGCCAUGCUGGGGUUCUUGCACUUGCUGCACCUGUAGGCCAAGCUGGCCUUGAGGUGUUUGUUGGUCUGGUUGCUGGCUUUGCUGUUGCUGUUGCCCUAGCUGUUGCCCAGCAACUUGCCCAGGCUGCAGACCUUGUGGUGGCUGUUGGCCAUGCUGGGGUUGUGGCACUUGCUGCACCUGUAGGCCAAGCUGGGCUUGUGGUGUUUGUUGGUCUGGUUGCUGCACCAUGCCCUGCAUGGGCUGACUUUGCUGUUGCUGUUGCCCUGGUGAGUGUUGGUCUGGCUGCUGCCCCAUGCUCUGCCCACACUGGCUUUGUUGGUGCUGUUGCCGUGGCUGUUGCCCAACAACCUGCCCAGGCUGCAGACCUUGUU